GUACUUUGUUAAUGUUUGACUAAAUUUAUCUUUUAAUUUUUUUGGUAUAUAUUGUUUAGUUUAGGUUUUUGAAACAUUAGUUACAUGAAUGUGUUUGUUCAAUCCAUUUAUAAAACUGUAGUUGAAGUUUAAGCCUUGUAAUUUCUAUUUUGACAUAAUUAAUUUUUAUUAAUCGGUGUACUACAGAGCUGCACAGUUCACAGCUGUGGACAACAAAAGAUUACAACACAUUUCAACUGCAACUAAAAAUAGCUGUGAAUGGAAAUAAUUAUAUUUCAACAUUUCAACAAACAAACAAACAAACAAAAAACUUGAAUAUUGAAAUUGAAAUCCUUGAAAGGUUUUUUAAAUAAUAAAAUUCACAAAACAACAUGCAUAUUUUAUACACCACUAUAUUUAUAUUUAUCUUUUUUCAUUUUACUGGAGAUUUAUUUACUGACAGAUAUUGCUGUUAAUAUAGCUACAGAUUAAUUAUGUACAUAUAGACAUUAGAUUUAAUUAUAUAUUUUGUUUCAUGCUUAAAACAAAGUAAGGAAGAUCAUUUAUAUAAAAACCAAACACUUGGUGUUUAGUGCCAUUUGUUUAAAUGACUUUGAGUAUUUCAAGCAAAAGUAUUUUAAAGCAGAAAACAUGUAACGUUUAUUCUUAACAUUUAUUUCAAAACAUUUGAUCAAUAAACUUUAAAUAUCUACAUUUUGUAACUCCAUUAAAGUGUUUCCGAUUUAUUUUCAGCUUAGUUUAAAUAUGCUGUCGGUCCUGAUUUCUUCCUAGCAGCACUUGAACGACCCUCUCUCUUCUGAUUCGCCAACGUCUCUCUCUUGCUGCACAGUUCUCUUCUCUGAUUGGCCACCUUGGGCGCCAGUUAUCACAUAUUCUCGCCUCUCGACAGAGCAGGGCGGGGCCCGUGUAAGUGUCCCGGUAACGUCAUCAGUGGACCGUCCAUGCCAUGAUGGCGGCGGUGGAGCGGGGUGGCGGUCCCGGUUCUUCUCCAAGUUCUUGUCCCGGUUCCUCCCGGUCUGCGGUGGAUUACUCGGUGCUGGUGGUGGUGGGGGCACUGCAGCCCGCCGGUCUGCUGGAGCGGCUACUUCGGCAGAUAGAGUCAGGUGUGCGCUGCUGGCCUGUAGACCUGGAUGUGUCUGUUCUGGAUCAGCAGCUGAAACUCUUCGUGUCCAGGCACUCUGCCUUCCUGUCAGAGGACGUCCGAGGUCAGAGGACUCUGCAGCACAGUGGAGACGUCCUGGACACUCAGGUGGUCGUGAAUCCAGCUCAUGACUUCGUCUGCUCAGAGGUCAGGCGUCUGGUCUGUGAUUCAUCUCGACACAAGCUGUUGGUUCUGGCUGGUCAGUGUGUCGAGGAGACGGGGGACAUUGUGUUACCGAAAGGCUGUUUCUCUCUCAAUGACUUCAUCCACAUAUUUGCUGAUGAUGAGGUUGGAGACUUGAUGAGCUCAGUAGACCCAGUGGUGAAGGCCAGCCUCACCCUCAGCUGUCCAAACUACGGUCUUUGGAAGGACUAUGGUCUGUUGGAGAAACACAACCUUCAAGACUUCAUAAACAUCCAGAUCAACCCUCCCUCCAUCCUCCCAGAAAUGGAGGGUCUGCAGGAGUUCACAGAAUACCUCUCAGAGUCGCUGGAGCCUGAGUCACCCUUUGACCUCCUGGAGCCUCCAAGCACUGUGGGCUUCCUGAAACUCUCUCGGCCCUGCUGCUACAUCUUCCCCGGUGGGAGGGGGGACUCUGCCUUCUUUGCUGUGAACGGCUUUAACAUCCUGGUGAAUGGCGGCUCUGACCCACGCUCCUGUUUCUGGAAACUGGUUCGACACCUGGACAGAAUUGACUCUGUACUCCUUACCCACAUCGGUGUGGACAAUCUCCCCGGACUGAACAGUCUGCUGCUGAGGAAAGUAGCCGAGCAAGAAGACGAGUCUGCUGGAUCUCAGACUGAAGAGGACUGGAUGAAAAACCUCAUCUCUCCUGAGAUCGGAGUGGUUUUCCUCAAUGUUCCUGACAGAUUGAAGUCCAUUCAGGGAGAUCCAAGUGAGCUGAGGAGCUGUGACCAGGUCGCGCUCACUCUGCAGCACUUACAAAGACUGGCAAUCAAACCUGAACUUCUCAGCCGGUUUAACGGACCCGUUAUAGAACCAGUUAUCUUGUUUCAAAAGAUGGGAGUCGGCCGUCUGGAGCUGUACACUCUGAAUCCUGUCAAUGGAAGUAAAGAAUUUGAAGCUUUGAUGCAGACUUGGCCCAACAACGGAUCAAAUGUAAAGGGCUCAAAUCUUCCACUACCAUGCCUUGUUUCCAUUUGUGCUUUGCUGGUCUGGCAUCCAUCCAGCCCUCAGGAGAAGAUCAUCCGUGUCCUUUUCCCAGGGUGCACGCCACAGACCAAAAUUCUGGAUGGACUUGACAAACUCAGACAUCUAGAUUUCCUUAAACAUCCAUCAGUGUGUUUGAAGGACCUAGAAACAUCCAAAACUGAGAAGCAACCAAAAAGAGCAGAGAGUCGGGAAAGCCUUAAGUCCCAUCCAAAGGACUUCAGACCAAAUAGUGCCUUGCAGAAAGACAAGCUUGGACGAGUAGAUGUCAAAAAACAGGAGGUGAAAACAAAGCCAAAGGCAGCAGGUGACACUGCACCUAAAGACAGGAAGGAUUGGGAAGAAAAGGCCAAAUUAAAGGACGGAGAUGUUAGAUCAAAGCCACCGAAACCUGCUGAAAAACUUGUUCCAAAGAAAGACGUGUUAAAAGAAGAAAAAAAGGAAGUGAAAAAGAAGGAUGAGAGGAUUCUUGCUGCUGCUGUAAAGAGUGACGAGAGUGCAGAGAAAAAGAAAGAACUUGUAAAGAAGGAACCUAUGAGUACAAAACCAAAGAAAGACAUUAAACCUGAACCAAAAAAAGAGAGCAAGAGGGAUGUAAAGACAGAGGAGAAGAAAACGACAAAACCAGCCAUUAAAGAAGUGAAGAAAACAACAAGUGGUGCUUCGAGUGCAGCAUCAACAGCAAGCACAGAACUUAAAAAAACUUCGGGAAAGAGUGGGACUCUAAAGAAAGACGGGACACUUCAAAAGAAAGACACUUUGAACAAAGGAACAAAGGGUAAGCCCGGUUCAAAGGACCAGGAAAACCAGAAGGAGGCUGAUCGCUCCAAGGUGUCAACACCUGAGGACAUGACGGCCGAGUUUGAAAGACUCAGAUUGGAAGACAAUGACAGUGGAAACCGCGGACAAAAAGCCAUGGCAGUCGCAAAUUCUGAUGGAGCAAAGGCCAAUGGGAACCAGACCUUGACAGUAGAGAGUCCCGAAAUGUUUCGCUGCAUGGACAUAAACCAGGAAAUGGCCGCUGCCUCUUCACCUCUAGCCAAAACACCAAAAAGUGAUCUCAGUGUUAACUUUGAUCUUACUCCGACUGCAUACCAGCCGGUCGUGGGAUCCCUGAAAAAUGGACCAGAUGACUUUUGUGUGAGCUCAGAAGAGAAAACUCUAGAGCUGGUCUCUCCUGCAGAUUCCGCCCCUAAUAGUGCAGGACAUACCCCUUUUCAUCAGUCCCCUGAAGAGGACAUUAGGUGUUUGGGUGAAGAUAGCAGCCUCGGGGCGAGAGGGUCCAGUCUGGGCUUCGAAGAUUACAACCAGGGAGGAUCUUGUAGGACCUCAGACCUGGGAUCCCUGAGGGAGGGCCUGGAAAACUCCACAUCCUCUCAGGAUAAACAGUCCAGCCUUCUGACUCUCAGUCCUUUCAAGGACCUGAUGCCAGACUCCUCUCCCACCAUGACCUCCAUGCCUGCGGAGGUUGGCUCGCCUCACUCUACAGAAGUUGAUGAAUCCCUAUCAGUUUCUUUAGAGCAAGUGGUACCACCUACUGCAGUGUCACCCAAAGGACCCAUGGGAGACAGAGUCUACUCCAACGGACAUGUUAGUGACACAGACUCCACCACAGGUAUGGCCCUACCUCUGAGGUCAUCCCAUAAUGGGCGUUGUGGAAAUGGAUCAGAGGAGCACAUCCAUGGGAUGUCAGAACUGACCUCAGAUGUUCCACAUGAUGUUGAUCUGUGUCUGGUAUCACCUUGUGAGUUCCAGCACCCCAAGACCCCAGAGAGCCAUCAGCAACAUGUCAGCCCCAGUCUCACCACUGGCAUUUCACCAGACAUCUCCGACAAUAACAACCACUCCCAGGAUCAGAGCAGCAGCGAAUGCCCUUCAGCCUACAGCCAGGAAACUCCGCCUACAUCAGUUAGCGACUCUCUGCCUACGGCCACAGACUCUGAUGUCCCCCCUGGUACAGACGACUGUCCUUCCAUCACUGAAGACGUUGACUCUGAUGAUGACUCCAGCAGCCUCUUUCUGCCCAGUCAUCCACAAGAUCAUCCCAAUCUGCAGUACACCCACAGGGCUGGGCAACUUUCUUCCCAUGACCCACCACCAGCCCCGGUCAAGGAUCUGCCUCCAUUACCGCCCCAGCCUGGAGCCUGCAUGGCGGAUUCAGAGGCCAAUGGAUCAAGCAAAAGUCUGAAGAGUUCAGCUGCCAAGACUAAGAAACCAUCAGGUACGAUGCAGAAGGGAACCUCUGGAAGUAACACAGCCCAGAAUGGAAAGUCCAAGGCUGGCAGUUCAACAGGGUCAAUAAAGAUGACCUCCAACCUCGACAUAAAGUCAUCAUCCCGAAAUUCACUUGGUGGAUCCAGAAUCGGAACUGCAAAACUACCCUCCUCAGCCUCCAAAGUCUCAGGUUCUGCGGGUUCUGAGGGUUAUGCGGUCUACGUGGACCUGGCCUACCUGCCGUCCAUCAGUGCCUCCUCCACCGUGGACCUAGAGUUCUUCAGACGCCUUCGUUCCUCAUAUUAUAUCGUCAGCGGAGAUGACCCAGUGAAGGAGGUGUCGAUGAGGAGCAUCCUGGACUCGCUGCUGGAGGGGAAGAGCAGCUGGCCGGAUGUCCAGGUGACUCUGAUCCCAACAUUUGAUUCACUGGCGAUGCAUGAGUGGUACCAGGAGACUCACGACCGGCAGAGGGAGCUGUCUGUCACUGUGCUGGGCAGCAACAGCACCGUGGCCAUGCAGGACGAGACCUUCCCCGCCUGCAAGGUUGAGUUCUGAGCCCCGCCCUUUCAAAGCCCUGCCCAUCUCACAUCUGAACAGGUGGAGGAGGAGUAGACUUUUAAUGUUGCUAUGGUUACAGCCACUCUCGCUGUUGGUCUAAAGGUCUAUGAUUUAACAGUUAAAGUGAAGAUUGUAGUCUCUUACAUAAGAAACCAUUUCCUUCACCUGUGUGACAUCAUCAUAUGGUUCUCACCUGUCCUUACUUGUUGUUUUUUCUCUGCUGGAUCAGACCUGCUAACAAACAUUAGCUCGUUAGCAGCAGGUGUUUUCCAUUUUGUCCUGAUUUCCAUCAAAUAAACAGAUGAACAAUGUUUAAUAAAUACAAAAAGUAAUCCUUGAUUCAGUUCAUGUCUGAAGCUAAGACUGAAAACAAACUGUCUCUUCAUUCCAGAUGAUUUCAUCAUUAAAAGACGAGACCUUGUGAUAAUGUACGUCACAGAAUCAGGACAUAUGUGACCUGUAUCUCCUAAUUACACAAUCUUUAUUGUGUAAUUUAUCUGAUAAUUACAAUAUCUUUAUCUCAUAUUUACACAAACGCACAAUUACAAGAUUUUGUCUUGUAAUUGCACAAUUUUUAUUUUAUAAUUCCAACAUUUUAUUCCACAAUCAUGAUCACAAUCUUUAUGUCGUAGUUUUUACCAUGGAAUGACAUGAUUUUUGUCUUUUAAUCUUUUGUUGAAUUUCUGGAUGGUUCAAUCAUUUUUCUUGUAAUUACACAAAGGAUAUUUAUUUCAUAAUUAAUCUGUCUUUAAUUCUGAGACCUUCAGCUCAUUGUCACAGGAGUUUUAGACUUCGCAGUGAAAAGAACAGGUUGCUCAGUGUUGAUCUGAUCCAGCAGAGACAGAAACUCUGAAUCUUCUCACUGUAGAGAUGAAGACGUGUGUGAGACCAGCUGAGGUUAAACGCAGACCUCAGAUCUGAUCACCUGUUUGUAGUGAAGCACAAUCAGCUGUUUUUAUUCUCACUGUGGUGUUGUUGUUGUUGAUUGUUAUGGUCUGACUGUUGUAACACACACAGCAGACCGUCAUGUUUCCCCCUGUGUGUGGUCUGUGGACUACAUUACCCAUGAGCCACAGCUGUUGAAUUCAUCCUGUGAGAUCAGUCUCACCCUUCAGUCUGGAGCUCUCUGAUUGGAUGGUUCUGACAGCGGUGCAUUUCUGGGAUAUGUAGUUUGUAAGUCUGAGGGGGAAAUCAAUAAUCGAUUAUCAGAAUUAUCAGUUUCCAUUCAGAACGUUCCAUCAUUAUUAUUAUUAUUGUUUUUUUUAUGUAGAAACGACUGAAACCAUGAAGAUAAAACUUGACCGUCCUUUUUCAUUUCACAAAACAUCAAAACACAUGUUUCAAUUUUUAACUUAUUUAUUUAUUUUGAAUUUUUUUGAAUUUUUUUUUUUUUUUAAAUUCACAUCCACGAGUCUCAACUUUGGUACGAGCUCGUCACGUCUCAUCCCCAAAAUUAAUUUUUAAAAAUCUUUUUUUCACGUCCAGUUUUAUGAAAACAGAAUAUUGAUCAGUGAACCUUUAACCUGAUCCGAGUUCAGGGAAGUUAAUGUAAUCUGAUAACUUAUUGAAACAGACGGUUUUAUUGGACGAUAUGAAGCUGAGUGACUGUUAAAGGACCAGUCUGAUGUUUUUAUUAACACGUUCUGGUUCGUUUGUUUUCUGUUUAAUCAAAUCAAAUGAGAGUUUUCAACAAUAAAGUUCAAAUAUUCAGAGAUAAAAGUCGUAAUCUUCUUUAAAUUACAUUAUCAUUUAAAGAAGAAAUCAUAUUUUAAAUAAAUAUGUUAACUAAAUAUUGUCUGUUUUUAGUUCAAUAACAAAGAGCGCGACACACUGAACACAAGCCAAUAAGAACACAGGUCAGUUUUAUUUAUAUAGUUUAUACAGAGUCAAAUAUACAGGAGUCCAGUGAUUUUAGUUUAUUUUUAAUAUGUGAUCAGAUAUCAGCUGUUAGCCUAGCUUCAGCCUUAUGUUAAUUAUUAGCCACCAGUUCAUUUUCCAACAACACUAAUGAGCAGUCAACAGUUAUCUGAGCCGAGUGUGUGCGUGGUUGUUUUAUCAGACUGAUGUUGAGCUCUCAGUGAUUGUGACUUUAUUUUUGUAGUAAUCAGAUUUCAUUUGAUUCAAACUUUAAAUUCAUGUCCGCGUCUGAAGACUUUCAUUUACGACGUUAUUCUCUUAAUAUUUAAUUUUUUUGAUCUCAGAUAUUUUAAUCAGACAACCUGAAGACCCUCCUCCCCCAAACUCACACACAGGAAAUUUGUCUUGUAACACUAAUUUUAAUUGAUCUUUCAAAAUAAAAGUAGACCUUUA